ACUUCGAUGAAAACUUUUUCUUGUUUUUGUAGUAACAUUAUAUACGAAACUUGAUUGGUGGUUUCAAAUGACCUACCGUAUUAUAUAUUCAGUUGCUUCAAAUGAAAUUGCGUUUUGUAUUUGGUGUAUGUAUGUAAAUCUUUUCAAGUAAACUAACCUUUUGUUACAUAUAAACAAAUGUUGUUAAGACUUUUUACUUUUAAAUGCAAGUAAUUUAUUGGAUUAGAAUUCAAAGGUAUGAAUAUUAAUGUAAGAUGAGUUCAAACGGUUUGAAAGUUUUAAAGAAAAGCAAUCCAUAUCCACAGGGGAUGCGAUGUCAAAAAUGUUUAGAAAUGGGUCAUUGGAGUUAUGAAUGUAAGGGCAAAAGAAAAUACUUGCAUAGAUCUUCGCGUACUUCACAAUUGAAGAAGGCUCUGAAAAAGCAAGAAGAAUCUAACAGCGAAGAACGAAAAAAAGAAGUUAAGAAGAGUCGUCUACAGAAAAAAAUGAAAAUAGAAUCUAGCAGUUCAAGUGAUACAAAUUCUAGUGCCAAUAGCAGCAGUUCUAGUAGCAGUAAUGAUAGCAACAGUAGUAGUUCAUCAUCGGAUAGUGAAUCUGACUCUAGCGAUAGUGUUUCCAGCAGUAGUAGUGGUAGCAGUAGUAGCACUAGUAGUAGUAAUAGUAGUAACCGUUUGUUUUAA